AUGGUGGUGCUGUUGCUUACAAAAAAGAUCGUGAAGAAGCCGGUCAAGAAGUUUAAGAGGCCGCAAAGCGACCACAAGAUCUUUGUCAAGACAAACUGGUGUAGGCCAAAGGGUAUUGAUUCUCGCGUUAGAAGAAAGUUUAAAGGAUGCACGCUGAUGCCCAUUGUCGGCUAUGGUUCAGACAAGAGGAUUCGUCAUUAUCUUCCCAAAGGCUUCAAGAAAUUUGUUGUGGAAGCUGGUUGUCUGCAGGUGGAAUUUGCAGUAGAGUUCCAGAGAAGCAGGGAGGUGUCUCGAGUGCUUUGGGCUCUUAAGUUGGCUAUGUAUGAGUUUCAGGAUAUAUGGUCUCGUCAAAUGUAA